AACGUAUUUUAUAGAAAUUAGUGUUAUCACAUUUUCAAUUUUUGAGAUAUUUCUCGAAAAACUUCGAUAUUUAGAUAAGGAAAGCUAAUUAUAAACUUUUUCAACAUGUCACUUAACUUAUUUUACAUUCAUUUUUGGAUUUUAAUUCCAAAACGCAAACCGCUCGUUUCAGAUGGAUGCAUUCUGAUGCAACUUUCUGAAGGUUGAUUGUAUCCUCACUUUUAUAAUUUUUACCUCGUUUCAAAACACACAAUCAAUCUCCUGAACACGCGAAGCGCGCGUCCGUGGAAGUACGCCUUAAUAAUCUCGAUCGAAACGAUUCAUAUCGCUUCAAUAGAGAUCGCCAAUCAAAUGACCAUGUAUCUGUUGAUUGGUCAUCUUGCACAGAUCGUCGCGGCUUUGAAUUUAAAGCCCAUUAUCCAAUUGCAUUCCUCGCCGUUCCUCGCCCGCCUCGUUAACUUUUUUUUUUUUCUUCGAGUGCAUCCAUUUCCAUUAGCCCCUCUCCGAAAUGUUGCGAUAGACAUGUCGCACUUUACAUUAUCUUUAUAUCACAUCUAUUCGUCGAAGCGAAAUUUAUAAGAAAUUGUCUCCUCGGAAAAUCGCUAGCGAGAGGAGGACGACACGUAUCGCUCUGUCUCACUCGAUCGCGCACGUGUGCGUGCGUGCGCCACCACGGUGACAGAUGCCGUAAUGACGUCGUGGGCGUGUGUGUGACACAUGUGCGGUGCCGCGGCGGCGUUUUGCGUUCUCCCGAGGGUCCCGACGAUCCUCCUCUCGGAAUCUCGCCAUCCCACUCGACAUAGCGUCGCUUCGCUCCGGUUCCCCGGUCAGUCUCGUUUUCCUUCGGCUCUCCCCUUUUAUCUUCCUUCUUAACUUUGCUCCUCGCGAGAUCCUGCGCGGGCGAAUUCCGUGCAAAUGAGCGUGUGUUAACGCGCGGCGGGCCCGCGCUACGAGCGAUAACGUCGCAUUGGAUUACGCUGAGUUCGGAACGUUGGAUGUGACAAUCUCUCUUCGCCCUCUUUCGACAAUGGAGGACCCCACGGAGGCACAAAAGUGGCAGCAACAUCUGUCCUUGCUGCGAGAGCAAUAUGUCAAUUUGUACAACGCGAAUGCAGAACUACAAAGGGAGUAUGCUGUCGCCACAGCUGAGAAACAGGAGGGUGGAUUUGUCGGCAGACUCCUAGCCACAGUGGCAUCCUUGUACUGUCAGCAUCGUUACAGUGAUAUAAGCAUAAAACUGAUCGAUCAAGAGAUACCGGCGCACAAAUUUGUGCUAUCUGCCAGAACUGAUUUCUUCAACGACGCAGCUCUUGUCGAAAAGACUGUUUUAGAUUGGAGCAAUUUAAGCAGUACUGUGGCGUUAGUGCUAUUGAAAUGGAUUUACACGGGCAAAGUAUCUCAGGAACACUUAACCCUGGAUCUAAUGAAAGCAGCGGCUAGUUUCCAAUUGUCGGAGCUGGUAGAUCAAUGCGAAAGAUACUUGAUUGGAACAGUAGGCUUGAAGAAUUGUGUAGGAUUAUAUUCAGCUGCCGAGGAACUGGGCACUCUAAAGUUAAAAGAGCACUGUAGUUCCUUAAUUUCGGCGCAUUGGGAAGAUCUGACAGGCGAGGAUUUCAAGGAGAUGCCAGGUUCUUUGCUGUACAAGUUGCUGCAGACUAAGAGUAAAUAUCCUUUGCAUGCAGCAGUACGCUUGAUGCGCGAAGAUGUCGUGUUUCUAUACUUAGUGGAACAUAACGCCGAGCUUCCGAAGGCAGUCAAUGCUGUGGAUCACAAGGGAGAAACAGCUUUAGAGGUUGCUCUAAAAACUCGCCAGCCAUCUCUGGCACGCACCCUGGUCGAGCACGGGGCAGAUCUGAGCGCAAAAGAUGCAAGGGGUCUUUCUCUUCUUCAUUCGGCUAUUUUGAAAGGAGACUCUUACUCGUCCGAAUUUAUAAUCGAGCAACUGGAGAACAAUGGUAGCAUGCAAAAAUUGUGCGAGGCUGUGAAAAUUGUCGAGGGUGCGAGAAACGCGGCUGACCUCAAGCAACUGGAGGGCUGUACCGCUUUGCAUCUAGUGGCGAAACACAAUACGGAAAACAUGCUGGCAGUCGGAUCGAGAUUACUCCAAGCAGGGAUUGAUCCGAAUUUGCAAGAUCGUAGAGGAUGGACUGCCCUUCACAGCUGUAUCUCGGAGAAAAACGAGAUGUUGUUUAAUCUGCUGCUCGAGGCGAAAGGUAUAGAUGUGGAUCAAAUCACGAACGAAGACGAUACGCCAUUGUGUUUCGCGAUGAAGACGGAACCCUUCAACGAAUAUUUUGCGUCGAAACUGUUGGCCAAGGGCGCUAUAGCGAAUCCAACAUAUGAUGCCACUGGGGACACGUUGCUUCAUAUCUUAACGCGAGAACGCAGAGAAGGGGCGGCAUUAUUCUUAGUAGAAUAUUGCAAUAAUAAUUUAAUGAAAACUAACAACGAAGGUUUUACGAUACUGCACGAAGCAUGCAGGGUUGGCUUAAAGGAUCUGACUCGUGCUUUACUGAAAAACGGACUGUCGACCGAUAUCGUUACUCUUUCCACUGGCGACGCGCCGAUUCAUUUCGCCAUUUCGAAUUUAUAUACCGACAUAGUCGUCGAAUUACUAGAUGCCGCGAGCUUAGAUUCACAAUUAUCUAUUAAAAACAAUGCAAACGAGACACCUCUAAGCUUAGCUAUAAAAGCACCGUUCAAAAAAGGCAAGGAUAUUGUGCUGGCUCUAAUAAAAGCCGGAGCUGACGUGAACGAGCGCAAUGAAGAAGGCCUGACGCUUUUGCACCAAGCGAUCUUGAAAGAGGAUUCGGCUACGGCGAUAUUUCUGUUAGAAAAUGGAGCUGAUAUGAAUGCAAAAACAGCCAAUGGAGAAACGCCGUUGCAAUUGUGCGUGCAUUGUAGAUUGGGUGAGGUAGUGGAAGCUCUUUGUAGACGCGGCGUAGACACUUCGAUAGGAUGUCCGUUGUGGGAUGCUUUAGAUUCGGAUCAAGAAGAUACUGCAUCGAUCUUGGUUAAACACGGCGCGGACACCGAUUGUUGGGGUCCGGGUCCCGAUGGUUGUCAACAAACGCUGUUACACAGAGCCAUCGAUGACAACAAGGAGGAUAUUGCACAGUUUCUGAUUAGAAGUGGAUGUGACUUGAAUGCUCCAAGACGACCUGGUCCAGAUGGUGCUGGUGGAGAUGAGGCGAGAGACGAGUGCACGCCAUUACAUUUGUGUUGCCAAUGGGGACUGGAACAAGUUGUUCAAACGCUCAUCGAGCAUGGAGCCGAUGUGAAUGCUCGUGACGCGGAAGGAAAGACUCCAGUACAUGUGGCGAUACAAAAUCAACAUUCGCAGAUUAUUUCUCUUCUGUUAUGUCAUCCAAAUAUAGAUCUGAAUAAGAGGGAUAAGAAAGGACUGACGCCGUUCGCAACUGCCCUAACAGUUCGCAACAACAAAGCUGCACAAGCAAUAUUAGAGAGAUUACCUAAAGCCGCCGAACAAUACGACAAUAAAGGCAGGAACUUCUUGCAUACUGCCAUACAGAAGGGUGAUAUGGAGAGCAUUCUAUUUUUAUUGUCGAUACAAGUAGAUGUAAAUUCAAGAAUACACGAUGUUACGCAGACACCUCCUCUACAUCUCGCCGCCAUAUCGGGGAACGAGAUGUUGGUGCGAAGUUUGAUUCUGGCGGGUGCUCGCGUCAAUGAUACGGAUGCAAAUAGGAACACUGCGUUGCACGUGGCGGCCAAAGCGGGUCAUGCCCCUGUUGUCUCUGCAUUAUUGCAAAAUAACAUUAAUUUUGAUGCGGUAAAUGCGGAUGGCGACAAUGCGUUGCACGUAGCCGUAAGAGAAGGACAUGUAUCGGUAGUGCGAACGUUGUUAACCGAGUGUACACUGGACGCGGAAGCAGUGAAUCUCAAAGGUCGUAAUCCUCUACACGAGCUAGCUAGAUGCGCGAGGGACAACGCUGCAACGAUAUGCGAUCUGUUUUUAGAAUGCAUGUCACAGUAUCCAGUCAAUAAUGCAGAUUUGGAUGGAAAUACACCACUGUUAAUCGCGUAUAUGAAGGGUAAUGGAAAUCUUUGUAGAACGCUAGUGAAAGCCGGAGCAUGCUUAGGUUCGAUGAAUAAGGAUGGAAUUACAAUCUUCAACUAUCAAGUAGCGACGAAACAGUUAUUGUACAGACUAUUAGAUUCUUUAACACAAGAAGCGCCAUGGUCCGAUAAGGAUUGCUGUUUAGAAUGCGGAACAAAAUUCUCUCUCACAAUGCGCAAACAUCAUUGCCGACAUUGCGGACGAAUCUUGUGCAGCAAGUGUUCUGGUCAGGAUGUACCAAUCUUGAAAUUUGGUUUAAACAAACCAGUACGUGUAUGCAAUGUAUGCUUUGAUGUGUUAUUGGGUACUGGUUCUCUUCAACCAUCAUAGUUGAAAUAAGAAUUUUUAUAUAUAUAUAUAUGACAAUUAAUGAAAAGAGAAAAAGAGAAAUAGAUCAUUUCAAUGUUUUUUUUAUAUGAAAAAAAGAAAUGCGAACUGAAUCGAAAGUCUAUGUGUAAUUGUAUGUCAUUGAUAUUUUAUGUAUCCUAUUGUAUACACAUUGUUCAGAUUUGUUAAAAACUAUCUCAAAAAGUUGAAAUACAGAUGAAAAAAAA